AGCUAAUUGGACAACAGGAUUUGGCGGUCGUACACCAACCACAUCAGUGGACUAGAGGAACGUUUUGAAGAUAAAAUCAAAUCUCACUGAAGUAAGAAGAAUGGCCUCAGAGUUGGAGAAAGCAAUCGCUGAUGCAUUCAGGAGCAGGAAUGUUACACCUCUGAGAGUAUUCCUGCAAAAGAGCACAAAUGAACCUGUCAAAUGUUCCGCACAGUUUCUCAACAAAUUGGAUAAUUUUAUCAUUUGGAGCUUGGAUGAAAACGAUUCCAAUGCUACCUGUGUAGCUCUUGCAGUCCUCCAUAUGUGUGGGAAGAACCUGACAUUUCCUACGGGCAGUCGAGGAAUUACAGGAAUAAUAGAUCAAGGCUUGAUCCAGAAGAUGGUUCAGUGGUUUGACAAAUGCAAGCAACUGUGGAUAAAGCAUGGACCACAGUGUGAUAAAUCCUUGUCUAAACUGUCAGAGGACUUCUUUGAUGCUAUAACGAUGGUCCAUAAAGCAUCCAAAGAAGGAAUGGUCGGAAUCCAGUCCUUCCUGCAUCCUAUUGGGCAGUUGGUAAACGAUGCCAGAGUUUGCACCAUCAUUAGAAAAGAGGCAAUCUCUGCAUUGAAUAUAAUUCUGAAAAAAAUCCCAAUGUCACCUGAGAAAGAAACGAUCCUUACCUCACAGGAGGCCUCAGAUAUAAUGAUGAAUAUGGCUGGUCAGAUAAUGCAGUGUGGAGAUUACGACAUGCAGGUUGCUCUGAUUGAGGUAUUGUUCCGAAUGACCACACCUGACCAGAGAAAGAUGCUGGCGGCUCUCUGGUUCAGCAUGGCUCAAGUAGCCUGUGCCUUUGGCAAGAUCCAACCUUCGGCGUUUGAGGCGGAUUGUCGCACAUUUCUGAUCUUCGUGAAUGGAUUGCAGGGAGACAGUACAAGAGUGAAAUCCUACCCAUGUUUGGAGGUUUAUCUGGACAAUUUCAAGCUGAUGAUGCCCUCUGAUGACAAGCUUGACAAAUUCUGGAUUGACUUCAACCUAGGCAGCCAAAGCAUCUCUUUUUAUUUCUCAUCCGCUGAUGAAAAGUGUCUGGCAGUUCUCUGGGAUUCAAUCUGUAUCGCCAAGAAUGAAAUCCGCAGUUAUACUGUUACAGAGGAGGGGAUGAAACAAAUAUUACAGUUAGAGCUGUCUGAAGUGGUCAUGACAGGGAGCGUAAAAGGAUCAAGUAUUACCAUCUUAUUUUGCUCCAAUUUGGACAUCCUGCAGGCUGUUUCUUGCAUCUAUGGACACAGAAAGCACAAACAAAACACCGUGGGAAAGACAUCCACUGCAAAUAUGACCCUUAACAUUGCCAUUGAAGAGGACAAAUCCCAGCAGAAUUUUGUCCCAGAGAGUCAGCUGUCCCUUGGUGAGGAUGACAAGAACACGGAUUCCUUUCUUGGAACAGCACAGCUGACAUCUUUACAAGUAACUUUUUCCAAUAUGCUUUCUGGGUUGACCACCUUUAGCAACAGCAGUUCAAAAGGUGGCAUACAUAAAUCAGACACUUCAGCAGAGAACAAAGGGAAACCAUGUCUGGAGAUGUUUUGUGCUUCUGAUAGAAAGAAGGGUGCUAACCUGGCAGAACAAAAGACCACUGAUGAAACCCUCAAAUGUGCCAUGACCAAGCAGAACAUACCAGUAGUAAGAGAAUCAGAAAGGAUCCUAUCAGGACAGGGUACAGAUCAUUCUCAGGAGUAUUCUUUUGUGCCCGACACCCAGCCUUUAACUGAGAAAAAAAUGUCUCAGGGGAACAAACUGUCAGUUUUGGAAAUAUUCAAAAGGCCUACACAAAAUAACAAUCAUAUGCGAAAUGAUGGCCCACGUAGGAGAAAGCAGCUCCAAAGCAAACCUUCUCUGCACCCACAACAGGCCAUCAAGGAGAGAAACACAGAGUUUGCACAUAAAGAAGUUGCCGCAACCAUGACAUUGAUCUCUGAUCAAAAAAGCUCGAAAGAAAAUAUAUCGGGGUGCUCAUAUGAUUUGGUUCUGCAUACUCCCAAAGAGCUACAGGCCCAGAGAAAACUUGACCAAACAAUGAGCAGAGGCAGGCAACCAUCGAUUGCAUUGUCAACGAAAGCAUCUACAUCCAACCAGGAAGGAAAUUCAAAUAAUAAGAGAGAUAACGUGGCUGCAGGCAACAUGGUGAAACUUAUCUCAAGCUAUUACACCACGAACAAGCAAUCCAAGGAAAAAAUUGGAAGUAUACCUCAGAGCUGGAUUCCACCUAAUCAAGUCAGCAGCUUGCUUUCCACUGGUAAAAAAAAUACACGAGCAGUAGAUGUAACCAAAUCCCACAGUAAGAUCACAUCAAUUUCUGCAAACAAAAGAAAAGAUGUUUUUGAUUUCAGCACUGAUGAAGCAUUCAGUGUCGGGAGAACGUACCAUGCAGUCCUUGGAAAAUCUGCCACAUCAAACAAAGGCAUCUGUGACCCUUCAUUGCACCUUACCACAACCUGGACAGGACAACUGGCAGCAAAGGAGAAGCAGAAUGAAAAGAAGCAUCUGUUCAGUGGCACGGACAAUACCAGCUCUCCAGAUGUCAUCUGGCUGACAGAGUCAAGCAAGAAAGCCCAAUGCAAAAUGACAUAUGCCCGCAAACAACCAAUCAGGCCCAAAGCAUUUCAGGCUCAUAAUUCUAAUAAAUUCCCAGUUGAAGCCCAAGGCUUACCAAAAUGUGGAAAAAGAAAUGCAAGACUCAGCAAGAAGGCGAUGGAAUUGGAGAAGGAGAUUCCAGAACCUGACAAAUGCUUCAGUUUCAACAAAAGACCCCGGCGAAGUGCAGCCUUUGCCAAGAGCUAUAAAGAGCCAGACACCGAUGAGAGCCUCUCAGAAUCAGAGAAGCCUCAAGCAACCAAGCAGACACAUGAAAUUACUCGGCCAAACAAGUCCAGCACAACAAAAAUUCAGGCACAAAGGAAGACGUCUAAGUGUCCUCGUCCUGACCACCAGGCCUCCCCUUCUUCGACCGAGAAAAUGCGAUUCCCUGAAAUGUCCACCCAGUCCCCGGAGUUCUCCCCUCUCAUCAGCCUGCCAUUGUGUUCCUCACCAAAGGGGACAAGUGUGAUCCAGCAGUCUUCACUUUCACUGCCCUUUUCUCCCUUGUUGACAGCCCUAAAGCUGUCCCACAUUGCCACUCCUCCCCAUUCACCUUUUCCUGGAGCUGCAAUGAAUCCUGACCUGAAUUGUAGUUUCAGUCAGGAAUCUGCUGUAUCUCAGAUUUCCCUGAGUCUGUCAUUUACCAUUGGAGUUCAGCAAAGCCCAAUUGCUUCACAGGCUGUUAGUGAGAAAACAGAGACACCACACUCAAAUGAAGAUUCUGAUGAUACUCAAGGCUCAGGACCCUGUCGAAAGCACCACAUCUCCUUGUCCAGUAAUUCUGAGGAGAACAAGAGACAAAAAAGAAACUGCCUUCCUCUCCUUGAACCUCGUGUGUUAUUCAACUCCUUUGCAGAGGAGACCAUUGAAGCCGAAAUGAGCCCUGGGCUGACCACUUCCUUCUCAAUGAUGACAAAUCACUGCGACACAGAUGGGGGAAAUGGAGAGAUGGACGUGGAGGAUUUAGAGUUGCCGGAUGUUGUGGUUAACCCCAAUAUUCUGUCUCCACAAUUUAGGGCCAAAUUAAAGAUGAAAUUACAGAUUCAGAACCGCCUCAAGAUAAUGGACAGUUAUUACAAAGAGAAUAUGAUUACUGUCCAGAAACACAUCUCCUCUCUCAGCACGCAACUAAGUAAACACAGGACUCAGAAGUUUGAAGAUAUCAAGAAUGUCUUUCUGGGAGAGAUCUUCAAACUGGAACAGGGGAAGUCUAUGCUGAAUAGCAUGGAGAAAGACCUGAAUAUAUGCUGUGAAAAGCAGCACACGUUUUUCCAGGCAUAUCGCGAGCAGGAAACAAAGAGCAUAGAGGUCCUGAAGAGAACUCUGAGAGGCAUGUGUUCAAGACUUGAGUACGAGCCAUUAUUCUCAUCCCAGAUGGUUCAUCUUAAAAAAGACAUGAAGUCAAUUCAAGAGCGACUCCUCAGAACAUUGCACGUGGAGGCGUUGGAAAGUUUGAAGAAAGUUCUGCAUGCCUGGGUCCUUGUUGAUUGAAGUUGAAGUUUUAAGUGCAGGCUAAGUUACACUACUGUUACUGAAAAUAUGUACAUGUAAGUCUUAAGUGUAAGUUGAGUUACUCUG